AUGGGGAAACUACUUGCCCUUCUUGAACAGGGCGCCAGCCCAAACAAGGAGCACAAGACCUACACUGCCUUCCAUCUUAGUGCCAAACUCGGCUCUAUCGAGCAGAUGGAAAUUCUUCUGGAUUAUGACGCAGACGUGAACCUCAAGAGUCGAGCCCAUGCAGACACGCCCUUGCACAUGGCAACGUAUAGCCGGAACCCCCGGAAAGUGCAGCUGCUGAUCAACCGCGGCGCAGAUGUAAACGCCCAUGACCCUGGUAGUGAACCAAUAUUGCAUCAAGCUCUGACUUCGGGAUGUGGUGUGGAUAUAAUCACAAUGCUACUAGGCAACAAUGCAUCAGUGACUGCAGAAAAUCAUACGGGCCGGACAGCAUUACAUCAUGCUGUUUACUUGUAUCAAGAAGACAAGGCCAGGAUUUUACUAGAGUACGGAGCGAAUCCAAACGCGCGCGAUCUGGACGGAAGAACUCCUUUACACUCUGCCGUUGCUUCGGACAGAAUAAGUUUGGAUUUUAUUCGACAUCUCGUGGCGGUUGGUGCGGAUAUUAGAAUCGAGGAUAAUGAUGGACGGACGUCGUUGCACGAAGCCGUCCACCAUAGACGACAAGAAGUUAUCCGCUUCCUGAUGGAGCAGACUCCAAAUUAUCGGAGUCUGUAUCCGGAGCUUGAGAAACACAUUGAAGUCGCACUGUCUGGGAAAAGCAUGCUUGGAUUGUUUCUUCCGUGA